UAAAAACUAAAUUUUAAAAUUUAAAUAAACUUAUACUGACGUGGCUUAUCUUCCUCUUGCUCUUUUAAAGUAACCCUUGACUCUGCUCAUUCCAUAAACAUCUCUCAUCUCUCUCACCAAACAUAAAAAAAGACUUCUCUUUUUUUUUUUGCUUCUUCUUCUUCGUUUUCCGGUGAAACCAAGUCCGGUUUCUGGUUAUCUGGUGAAUAUACCUACCAACGGUACUUGGGUCGAGGUGAAUGGUACAAAAUCUUAUAUCGGACGAGUCAUUUUCUUCUACAACCAUGGUUAUGCAGGAACAUUGUGAGAGCUUAUGCGACAGAGCUUCGGAUGAGCUUAUUAUCUCUUCCACAGAUGCCUUUUGUCUCAAGACAAGAAAGCCUUACACGAUCACUAAACAAAGAGAGAAGUGGACAGAAGCAGAGCAUGAAAAGUUUGUAGAAGCUUUAAAACUCUAUGGCAGAGCUUGGAGACGAAUCGAAGAACAUGUUGGAACAAAGACUGCGGUUCAGAUUCGAAGCCAUGCUCAGAAGUUCUUUACUAAGGUUGCUCGUGAUUGCGGUGUUACCUCUGAGAAAUCCAUUGAGAUCCCGCCUCCACGGCCGAAAAGAAAGCCGAUGCAUCCAUACCCUAGAAAGCUAGUGAUUCCAGAUGCAAAAGAGAUGGCAUACGCCGGCAAGCUGGUUCCGGAUGAAGAUAGCCGAUCGCCAACAUCGGUUUUAUCAGCUCAUGGCUCAGAUGGCUUAGGUUCCAUUGGUUCAAAUUCGCCUAAUUCUUCUUCAGCUGAUUACCAGGUGCAUGAGUUAUCAUCUCACACUGAGGAAUCAUUGUCUCCUGAAGCUGAGACCAAACAACAAAGUCUCAAGCUGUUUGGAAAGACUUUUGUAGUUGGUGAUUACAACUCUUGGACAAGCUCUAAUGAUUCAGAAGAUGUUAAGAAGAAGUCAGACUUAGAAACGCAGUCUGUCCGAUGCACUUCUUCUUCGUCUUCUUCAUCAGAAAAUGCUGAAACGGAAUUGACACAACAGGUAGUUGUAGUAGUAGUAUCGGAGGAGUUUAAAAGAAGCGAGAGAUCAGCAUUUUCUCAGUUGAAAUCGUCUGCGAUUGCGAUGAAGAAUAUGAAAGGGUUCAUGCCUUACAAAAAAAGGAUGAAGGUGGAAGGAAACACUAACAGUUUAGUGAAAACGUCAUAUCCUAUAUGGUGAGGUGGUUUGUGUAAAGCUUUUCUUAAAGUCAGUUUGUGAAAGUCUUUUUGAUCUCAACUACAGUCUACAGAUCAUGUGUAUAAAAUUUGUCAAGAGAGCUAGGGACAGUCAUCUUGUUUGGGGUUUCAUUCGUAAGAAAAGUCCAAAGUUCCCAAGUAUUUUAUGUAACCAGUAUGAAAUUGAUGUAUCUAAUAGUCAACUUUUCUCUAAGUUAAAAAAAAAAAAAAUCAAAUCUUCCAUGUACU